CGCGAAAAACACUUUACGCCUGCGCGCACAGGCUUGGCUCCUCCCUCGGAAGUAAGGAAAGAGGCAUCAGAAGGCAUGGAAAGAUGAUCGGAAGAGGACUUUUGGAUUGUGAGUGUCUGGGCACUAUCAAUGGAUUUGGGAUUGGCUAAACAAUGAAGCCCCGAUCUUCUAUCAGGUUCUUCAAAAAAAUUCUAGUUUUGGAAAUUAUUGGAGUUCUGGGGGCAUACGCUUUGUAUCACAAAAUGAACUCAAGUGAAGAUUUCAGACAUAAAAUGAAACGAAGGUGGCCAUCUAUUCUGGAAGUUUAUUACAAGAGUAAUGAGUGGGCUGGUAUUUAUGGGAUCAGAGAGGGAGAUGAAGAGAAAUGGCUUACAAAAAAACCCUAAAAGUAAGUAGAAACAAUUUGGUA